AUGUAAUUUUGAAGCUGACAAGUUAUGACGAUAUAUUUUUUUAACUCGACAAUUUAGCUAAACUAUACUAAAAAUUUAAGUUAGUGAGUCAGGGAAAUUAACAUUCAACUGGCGUGGCUCUGAACUGUCGUUAUUAGGAGGUUUAAUCAUUUUUCUAUCUGCACGCUCUUGAGAGCUGUUCUCCCAUCAGCAGAGAGAAUUCGGAGGGCAGGGCUGCACAGUCCCAGCCCUCUGCAUCCAGCUCAGCUGGUGCCUCGUUGUGCUGCAGAGGCGCACAAUCAUAAUCACUAUGGCUUUAGCCGCAAGCAGGACGCUUUUGGCGCUAUUCGUGACUUUUUGCGCACCGGGAUGCGGAUGGACAGCAGAGAAGACCGUGCGGACACAGAGUGGCAAACAGAACCUGUCAGACAAAAGCCUCAGGGAGAGCUGGGAGCCCUCCAUUCAUCUGGACGGGAGACCUGUGGACCGCUUCGUAAUCAGCCCCAACAAACCCUCGAGGUCACACCGCUUCACCAAGACGGGCAAAGAUGUCCGCACUCCUGUACUGGAGGACGUCGACCCUGAAUGGGUUAACCUGGAUGGCUUCGCAGUGUUGGGCGGGUCACCUGUCAGCAACACAUCAGCAGGUCCAAUCAGGUUUCCACACACUGCAGCCAGAACUCAGCCCUCUGUCAAACGUGCCACAAGAGACGACCAAACGUCACGGCCUUCCAGUGCAUCUAACAUAAGGACACACAGGAGGGCGCCGCAGUCUUCCUCAGGUCCCAGGCAACCUGAGAGACCCGUGGCAGGAAUGUCUCUGCUGGACAGGAGACGUCAGCGCCACACCAAGCCUCAGUCAGACCAAAGAAAUCGCAACACACCCAAGCUAACUUCUGAGUCCGUUCAUGUGGUGUCACUGCAGGCACAGAAGGUCCAGGGAAGGAGUGCACCGGCUAACAGAGCAGUCGCAACAAAAACUACUACGCCAGAGCCAGAACCAGAGUACGAGGCACGGGACAUCAGUGUCAGGGUCAUGUCUCCUCAGUCCGUCCUCAUCUCCUGGGUGGACCCUUUGAUCGAGUUGGGAAAAGUGGACCCUGAGGAGGACAGAUCCUACACAGUGAGGUACAGAGAGAAGGGAGAAUCAGCCCGGUGGGAAUACAAAGACAGCCCCCAGAAGAGGAUGAUGAUAGACACCCUGACUGCUGACAGCAUGUAUGAAUUCUCGGUCAGAAUCUCCCAAGAUGAAAAGCAUGGCAAAUGGAGUGUCUCAGUGUUCCAGAGAACUCCCGAGUCAGCACCAUCUGGACCACCAGAGAACUUUGAAGUCAAGCCACUGAGAGGAAAAGGAACUGCAGUCAUUGCUACAUGGGACCCGCCUGACCAGCCCAAUGGCAGGAUAAGAGACUACAUCCUGUCUUAUGCUCCUGCCUUGAAGCCUUUUGGGAUGAAAAGUGAAACAUACCGUGCCAGCACCAGCACAGCCACAGUAGAGGGACUCACACCAGGAGACACUUACAUCUUCAAAAUAAGAGCAACCAAUAGAAGGGGACAGGGACCUCUAAGCAAAGCUCUCAGUGUCACCAUGCCAGGAUCCAGCGGUUCCUCAUCAAAACCAAAGGUCAUACACAGAACCAGCCACUCUCCGUCCAGACAGGAUACUGACCUUGAUGAACCUGAACUUAUGACAACAGAAGCACCAGUGGAACCAACUACACCUUCACAGUCGAACCCUGUAGCAUCAGCCAAGAAGCGUCAACGCCCUCUUUCUCAGUCAAGGUCUUAUCACGACACUUUCUUCUCUGCGAGGGGUUCAUCCAGGAACAGCAGGGAUUUCUCCAGAGGAAAAGUAACAACACCACCUCCGGUUGAAGAGACAACAACCGCUAUGAUGGUACCAGAGGCAAAAGAACCUGAUAAUGAUGUUUCUCCUGAAGUUGAGGAGGAAGAGUUGCAUACAACAGAGACACCAAACCUAAAAAUCCUGACACCCUCACCUACUAAACAGACUUAUGGAAAGCCUAACUCAAAGCCCAGGAGGCCCAUUAAGAUACGGGUUCAUAAAAAACCAUCUUCAUCUCCUUUUCCCUUUAUAUCUUCUACCUCUUCCUCACACUCUCCUUUAGCAUCAACAUCAUCUCCAUCCCACAUUCAGGAGUCAGCAGCGAGAAGGGAAGACUACACUGCUUCCACCUAUUCCAAAAAUAAAGACUUAGUUGGUAAGGAAAUUCCAUCAUACAAACCUCCCUCUCCAGCUGAAAAAGAAAACAGCUCACAGCAGCCAGAGGUUGCCCAAGCAAGUAGAAGUACAGGUCCAGGUGGCCGUUUUGGUUAUGGAACGAGAAAUGGCUUUAGCCGAAGACGUCCUGGGGUUAUGUUAAGAGGAAAUUCAACACGAAUACUUAACGGUUACAAACCAGCCACAAUUCCACAGUCUAAUUUACCAAACAGAGCUGCAAACUCAGCAACAUUAAACGCACACACAUCAUCAGUAUCACAAUUCCCAGUACCAGAAAGGACUAACAACGAGGCAAAAUCUGAUACAAACAAUGGUCACAGACGUCAGACCAGUUUCCAUUCCAGGUCCCAGAGCAGUAUUCCAGUCACAUCACAGAGCACCCCACAACACCCAUUCAGAUCCACAACAUCCCACUCCUCCCCAUCAGUGUCACACAGAGGGUCUCAAAGGACAACAAAUUCACACACACCAUCUGAGGUAGGUAGAACAUACUCGAGGGGAAAUGAUGACAUGAAACCUGAAAGCACAAAUACAGAAUUGAAAAAUAUUGAGGAGCCUACCAUAACUUCUAAACUGCAACCCACAGAAGAGGGGAGUAAGAGCCCAUCCUUGGCCGAAAGAUUCCCCUGGCUAGCUAGUCGUUAUCCAGAACAAUUUGCGCCAAGGACAAGGACAUUAGCUUCGCAACAGGAUGGUAGAUCCCCUCUGACUAGGACUUCAUCUUCUGUAGGGGUUUUCAGACCCUUUUUACGGGGCACAACCCCAAGGGUCUCAGGUGCCACAGGUGCUUCUGGAGUCUCUCCAAUUCAGGAGACUAAUGAGGAUCUAAAGAGUCCUUCAAACAGGGACUCCAUAAAGAGUGGGGUUGGAGUAAGUGUGGUUAAACCUUCUUUGGCUGACAAAAAUCCUGCAUCUGGUGAAACUAGAAAAACAACUACCUCAGCGUCAUCUUCUGUGGCUUCGACAUCCCAUCAUACCUCACAUGGACCAACAGGUUCAAGUGAGAGGAUCCAUGAAAAACCAACUUAUGGCAAUCAAAACAGUCAUAAAAAGGAUUAUGUGGAAGAAGUAAGUAGAAAUGUUGGUAAAAAUGACGAAGACACAGAUUCCACAGAGGCUGAGAAACCUCCUAUUGUAACAUCAGCUAAUGCCGACAGAAACACAGAGGAAAAUGAAAGUGUAAAUACCAGAGAAACUUCCUCUGGAACAAGAACUGGAACAUCUGUAGGAGUACCUCCAACUCAACGCAGACCUGCUGUAGGUACAAGUCCAAGGGCACACAGUCCAUUUUUGGCAAAUAGGCAGUUUAGACCAAGAGUUCCCAUCAGACCACAACCAGCUCAAAACACAAGAUCAGGGUCUUCAACAUCGCAAUCAUCUUCAUCCUCUGUUGAUUCCUCUUCAUCACAUAAUGAAGCUGGAACUCAGCCUUCUGAGAGAAAGACAGGGACAGUUGCUGAAGGACAAUCACAGUCCACAUCAUCAUCGUCAUCAUCUUCAACUGCUUCUUUGUCAUCUAGAGAUACUACAAGGGGAGCUGGGGUUAGGGCUAGGUAUCCUAUCAGCAGAGGGAAACCAAUCAAUGGAGGAACAUUCAAACCUGCUAAUGGAAAUGGUAAAAAUGGACGACCCAACCUGACAGCAGCAAACGAUAAAGAUGCCCCUGCCUCUCCUGAAACCAGUAAAGCUGUUGGUCGAAAGUUCAUCACUGGACCUGAUGGAAGCAAAUGGAUUGUAGACUUGGAGAAAGGUAUUCUUAUGAACCAGGCUGGACAAAUCCUACAGGACUCCAGUGGCAAACCCAGGAGAGUAGUGCUGGGCGAGGAUGGACGCACAAUUUUUGACCACAGGGGGAGCCCACUGUUAAACCAGGAAGGUAUGGCUCUGUUUGGUCAUGGCAGAGACAGUAGACCUGUGGUCAAUCCCAAAGAGAAGGUCCUCACAGUUGGAGGGAAACCUUUGCUUGGCUUGGAUGUGAUCAAUCGCAGGGGCUCCACCACCACAACCACCACAACCACCACCACCACCACCACUACAGCUACCACCACACCGGUACCUACAACUAUAGCAUGGACCACAGAGGACUUUACUACGACAAUGCCAUACCCGACAUGCCCACCUGGGACAUAUGCCAAAAGAGAUGAAUAUGGUUUUCCCCUUCUGGACCAAGAAGGAAUAUUGAAUUGUUAUCCAGAAGAGGAAUCCUCGGGAUUGGAAAUGGACUACAUGGUUACUGUGACCAUGAUGCCUGAUGCUUUAGCUCUUAACAAAGAUGAGCUUUUCACAGAGACCACCCUGCCUCCACCGUCCACCACCAUUCCCAGCACUACCAUGGACGCCUCCACUCCAGCGCCCCGCCCUGGACCUUCCAAUAGAGGGCCUUUGUCAGAGUAUGACCUGAGUGGAAGGAAGCGAUUCACAGCUCCCUAUGUGAACUACAUCCAGAAGGACCCAGGUGCUCCUUGCUCCUUGACAGAAGCUCUGGAAUAUCUACAGGUGGACAUUCUAGAAAACCUUAUGAAGAAAGACAGUGCUCAAGCCAAUCAGAACCUGCCUCCCAAGAACAAGCCCCAGAACGUCACGGUGGUAGCCAUGGAGGGCUGUCACUCAUUUAUCAUCCUGGACUGGGCUCGUCCACUGGCCGGAGAUAUGGUGUCAGGCUACAUGGUUCACAGUGCUUCGUACGAUGACGUCCUUAACAACAGAUGGUCCUCCAAGAUCUCCAGUGGGACACACCUGGCUGUGGAGAACCUCAAACCCAACUCCAGGUACUACUUUAAAGUGCAGGCCAAGAAUGUGUUUGGACUGGGACCAGUCAGCGAUACACUCACGUAUGUCACUGAAUCAGACGAUCCUCUUCUCAUCGAAAGGCCACCUGGUGGGGAACCGAUCUGGAUCCCUUUCACCUUCAAAUACAACCCCACCCACAGCAGCUGUAAGGGCAGCCAGUACGUCAAGAGGACGUGGUAUAGGAAGUUCGUGGGCGUGGUCCUCUGCAACUCGCUCCGGUACAAGAUAUUCAUGGGAGAUGGCCUGAGAGAGCCUUUCUACAGCAUAGGAGACACGUUUGGACAGGGAGAGGACCACUGCCAGUUUGUCGACUCCUACAGGGACGGACGGACAGGCCCGGAAUUCCUCUCCAAUUAUCUGCCCUCAGCACAAGGGUACUAUCGUGCAUACCGACAGCAGCCAGUCACGUUCGGAGUCAUUGGCAGACGUACAUCCCAUCCGUUCGUGGGAUGGUAUGAAUGUGGGGUGCCUAUCCCUGGGAAGUGGUAACAUAAGGGAAGAAGAAGAAGAAGAGAAGGAAAAAAAAACAAACAAACAAAGAUGUCAGUUUCCAAGGCGACUGCUCUGCAUCCUGCCGCAGACUCACCCCCUCACUGGUCCUUCCCUCAAAGACUUUUUGCUCAUCUCGAGAAAAAGACACCACUACAAAUUAAUUACAGCUUCACCAAAAGAGAAUAUAGUACUUGUUAAAUAAAUAAAUAACUCAAUGUAUAUCAUUACGAUGCACUUUUUUAUAUUAAGCAGUCUGUAUAUAUGAUGGAAUAAGAAGCAUGUGUGCUCUCGCUUAGUUUAACUCUCGUCCGAAAGCGCUCCUCGUGUUAUUGACGACGACGCCAGAGACUGGUCGUUGUCCAGUGUUAUUUAUCUCACCAAUUAAUACACACGUGGUCAAACCAGUGACAUUGGAACAAGCACAGAGAAAACUCCGAGGCCUGUAAAGUUCUGUUUCACUCACCUCUCGCUGUAACAGCUUCCGAUGGCUACGUUUUGUCUCUUCAUGCCUGAGAAUCAAACGAUAGUUUGUUUUUUUUCCAUAUGUCCUGAAAGCAGAAUUCACUCAAAGUUACUGUGUAAUUUCCGUUUGUAUACAGACAAAGAAUAAAGGACCAACUUUUUGCUCAGGAAUGAUGGGAGACAGAAUAAAGUUCUGGAGAAACCACAA